UCAAUCAGCCAAACGGCGCCGUGACAUUGUGAGGGAUAGAAAAUUCUGUUGAGCCGUAUGCACCAAAUGUCUUCGUCUUCCAAAUCCAUCGUUCAAGAUUCUGAUGCCUUUCAGAGAUCGUUUCCGUCGAUAUACUCAUCCUCGUCGGCCUUUGCUUCCUCGACUUCGACCUUCGCCUCCCGCUCGUCGACAUUCUUCUCGCGCUACUCCACCAUCCCCAAGCCCGUCAAUCUCCACGGAGUCAGCCCAUGCUCUCCCUCGUCGUCUCCGUCCGUACGGUUUUCGAUAGAGCGGCCUACCUCUCCUGGCCGUUCUUCGAUCUCCGUGAGUAAGCAAGCGAACAACAAUGCGGUGUCGUCCAGCAAGAAGAAGGCGUGCACUUGUUCCCCAACGACGCACCCGGGCUCCUUCCGGUGCUCUCUGCAUAGGACUUCGGCCACGCGGCAUGGCCAUCACCAUGGAACGUCGACGUAUCACCUGAAUUUUCGGAGGUCGGCUAUGACGAAUUCGCUGGUCAGGAUCGGAGGAGUUGAAGGUGGUGACUUGGUGAGGAGGGCCUUGUCGGCCCUGAUUAGGCCCUCCUCGCACCAGCAGCGGCGCCGAGCCGCGUUCCACCCGAGGCCAAGCCGCCUCUCGGCCAUGUCCACAGCCGAGGAUUCUUGAAUUCAGUCGCUAAGUUGACUGGGGAAUCACUCGGGAGCUUUUUUUUACUUUCCUAAGUAGCAGGUAGGACAGAUGAGGAAUUUUCUGUAAAGAUUUGAGCGGUAGUUGGUACAAUAAAAAAACUCUCCACGAAGAAUUUCAAAGAAAUUAACAGAGUUCUUUUUGGUUAAACAGGACAGAUCGAGUGAAUCUUUGUUUUGUUUUUUUAAAUUUUAUUCAGAGAUCAAGCUUUUCAUUCUUGAAAUUGUUAGAUGUUAGGAAGUAGCUUUUCAUCGUGAACUGCGUGAUGGGAUUACGAAUUUGGCGGGCAAAUUCGUGGAUGUGAAUGCGUAUAUAUGAAUGCAAUUUUUCAUUAUUUCG